AUGGACAAACUAUACGAGAUUGCGGUUGGAGUUGCCAAAGGCCUACAAUAUCUCCACACAGGGUGCAACACUAGGAUUGUUCAUUUCGAUAUUAAGCCUCAGAACAUUCUGUUAGACGAUGAUUUCUCUCCGAAGAUAUCUGAUUUUGGGCUUGCUAAGCUUUGCAAGAAGAAGCAGAGUAUAUUAUCGGUAAUCGGGGCACGAGGCACAAUCGGAUAUAUCGCUCCAGAAAUAUUCUCAAGAAAUUUUGGAGGAGCUUCUCAUAAAUCUGAUGUCUAUAGCUACGGAAUGAUGAUUCUUGAAAUGGUUGGGGCGACAAAAAGAAGUAGCAAGGAAAAUGUUUUUGAUCGGAUUUUGGUGCAUUCAGACAUCUCCAUCGGAUAG